CACGCGAACGCAAUCUUAAAUAAAAAAAUCCCGUCAGUUGCCUCUACUGCUAGGAUUAGAAGAAGGAACGUGGUCAACGUAAAAAAUAAUAAAAAAAAAAAAACAGUUCAGCUGAUUGGUUUGCCAUACUUUGGUGUUUGUUUAUAAAAUUUGACUUCUGCUGUUACAUUUUGAAGGUUCAGCAUUAUGUAUGGCUUCAUGUCAGGCGAAAAGAAUCGAGGAUUGGAGUAACAUUUUGUGUAGCAAAGUCGUUGAAUGAUGUGAAAGUUUUGAUGCAGUUCUACAUAAGAAAUUAGCCAAGUGGAUUUAUCGGCGCAGGAUGCACGGGGCGAAGCGCGUGGUGAUGUUCUGCCUGCUCACGGCCGUGCUGCCCACCCUGCUGCUGGUGCUGCCACUCUACCUGCGCCACAGCGUGUUUGCCGACGUCACGUUCGCCGUGGCCGAGUCGGACGUCGUGGAGGUGGUGGACGGCAUGUCCUCCGUGUUCUGCCAGGCCCAGUCGCUGAGGAUGAACUCGUCGUUCCACGCGUUCCAGCUGAGCAGCAUGCCCGAGCGCAGUGACCGGCGCAAGCACGUCCACUUGAAGAAGAGCAUGAUCCUGCCCGACGACACGCUCGAGUACUGGGGCUUCUUCCUGCCGCGCGGCUCCUCCGUCGUGCUGUCGGCCUGCUCCAGGUACCCGGGCUCGCGCAUCCUGGUGGUGAAGGGCGAGAAGAACCUGCAGACGUGUGGCCUGAUGGACCACAGCGAGACGCAGGGCCCCAUCCACCUGGCGGCCGACCCCGGCCAGGUGCGCAUCACGCUGGAGACGCCGGCGGAGGUGAUCCCUGACAUCCCCGAGGACGACCGGGACCUCCCGGGGCUGGAGCAGCUGGCCGACCGCCACCUCGCGAGGCACCGUCUCCUGGGGAACCAGUCCGGGGCCGGCGCCAGGCACCGGCACGCAAAGAGGAGGGAGGGUAGUGGCCUGCUCAAGCAUUCCAGGUCCGGUGUCCACCGUCCCAAAAACUCUUCCAGAGCUGAACUGAAGAAGUCUCUUGAGAAAAUACUCAACACAGAUUAUGGGGAGAAACUGGAGCACCAGAAGAGGAAGAACUCGAGAAACAGACGUAAUGUGAAUCCGGGGCGUGUUCUGGAUGCAGGCAUCGGUCACGGGGGAAACGCGGGCUUGGCAGGCGUCGCGAGCGUCGCGAACGUCACCCACGUACCCCCGGAGCAGAUGGAAGAGAGUGCCGCGUCGAGUUUCGAGAACGACCUGUUCGCGUGCUACGACGGCCAGAUCCUCCUGGCGAACCCCUUCCCCUCGUCCAGCAACUGCACGGGGCAGCACGCGCUCGCCAGCCACCAGCGCACCAUGAAGACUAUCCACGACGUUCUCUCCGACGGCUACUACUACUACAUCUUCUACAGCGAUAACGACUUCGUGCAGAACGACAUACAUGCCACUUUCGACAUACACAAACCCACCUACCAGUACGCCAACUUUACCAAAGGCUGCGUUAAUCAAACAGAAUGUGCUUUUCCCAUUUCCUUCAUGUCCAGCGAGAUUGUCAUUGUGGAGGUGCCGACACGCGAUGGUAUCGAACACGAGGAAGAUGACAUCACUCUACUGAUUUCAAGCUGCGAGCCUCGAAUGUCCGUGUAUGUGAUAUUUCCGAUUGCAGUUCUCUUCUUGAUUCUUGGCUGUGCUUUCUUGUGAAACCUAGUGUUGUAGCUGAAGUUAAUGAAGUUAAAUUGCUGAAAGUUUUUGAACUGUGAACUGCAGCAGAAAACACAAGCAAAUGUUGUUUGCACAAGCAAGGACAGAACCUUGGGAAAGGCCAUAGCUAGCGUUACAAAAUCAUGUUUGUAUCAUAUGGUGACUGCGUGUCCAUGGUUUCUCAAUGAUAUGCGAGAACUCCUAUAAUGGGAGACGUGAGGCCUCAUCGAGGUUAUACGCAUGGGUCGUUACUUCUGUCUAGUGUCUUCCUCCUGGGACUAACAGUGUGCACAUCACGCUGCUCUGGGACUUGGUGUGGCGUAGCAUAUCUGACACUGUGUUCACAACCCUUACUGCCAGAAGAGUAAGGUGACUGAAUAAACUAAAAUCAUUGUUUUGUAUGAUAUGUUGUGAAUAGUGGUCAGUUUAUAAUAUUUGUCUGGUUGUACAGCUACAUUCUUUACAUUAAGUAAAAAUGGCCUGGGAAAAA